GACACAAAUUCCUUGAGACACUUCCAAACUAAAGAUCAAAUCAUCAAAACGCGGCCAUCAUUGACAUGCAGUAAAGAGUGAACGCGAGGGGUAGGCGACGAGAAGUCUUCAAUCUUCCCCAAGCCUCUCGUUAGUUCGUUCGUUCGUUCUUGUGUAGGGUUCUCUCCAACCUCAACCUGUGACCAUUGUUUACUGCAACUCGUGGCCACAAAUGUCUCGGUUAAUUUUUUAGUAUAAUCCGGAGAUUGAUUCACUACCGAACUUCUCAACUUUGUUUGCUUGUUCUAUACGCUUUUGGUUUCUCCUCUCUUAAAUUUCGUAAUGGUAUUCGGCUCCGACUGACAUCAGAGAGAAGAAGAAUGUCGCCUACACAGAUUUUGAAAUCGAGUUUCUCUCCUUUUCUUGGUUUUCCAACUGAUUCUAGUGGGAAAAUCAGUUGGUUUUGCUCGAAUUCUGAACUUUCGGUUGCACAGAGGAAGAUUGUGAAACUUCAGAAUCGAUUUAAGGUAUGUUGCCGACUCCAGGAGGGCGAUAACGAAAACAAUAGUGAAGAACCUCCAGAAUCAUUGUUCAUGAAAGAACUAAGGAGAAGGGGAAUGAAUCCUACUUCACUGCUUAAAGACAGCAACAGAAGUGUGUAUGGGCUAGAUGAAGAGGGAAAGGAGGAAGAUGGCAGAAGUUUCUCAAAGAGAAAUGCAGUCUUACCAGAUAUUGAGAAAAGCUUAUCCAACCAGAGAGAGCGUUCAAUGGCAUUGAACAGUGAAGGCCUUGAGGGUUUGAUUCCACGGGCUAAACUUCUCCUAACACUUGGAGGGACAUUCUUCUUGGGGUUUUGGCCGGCGAUACUUCUGAUAGUUGCAUUCUUUUCUGCUCUCUACUUUUAUAAUGGUCCAAGUUUUGUACAUGAUGGAAGCAAAACUCCCAUAUCAGUGCCAUCACAUAUUGAUCCAUAUGCACUUCUUGAAGAUAAAAGGAUAUCAAAGUCAGCUCCACAUGUAAAUUGAAGAUACCAUGCCUUCUGGAACUUGUCCUAGUGACUUUGGAAGAAGAAAGGAUAUAUUAAAGUCAGUCGUUCAACAUAGAACACAACUAUGUAGCUGGGUUUGGACUUUGAUUGCAACUUCCUUGUCUGUCAAAACAAAUUGGUGGGAAGUUUGCAUGAUUGCAUCCAUCUGUUAAAUGAUUAUUUUAUUAAUCUUCGAAGGAAAUGUAAUUGAAUCAAAAUUCAGCUGGACUUCUGUAUUUAACUAUCCUGUUCACAUGAUAUUCUUAGUUUCUUA